GGGCAGGGCAGAGCUGCAGCGCGCUCGCCGCAGAAACAUCCCGCUGGAGCUGGAGCCGGAGUCGGAGACAUAUUCCGCCGUGACAGCGCCUGUGAGCAGCGCGGGUUCUGUCGGGGAGCUGCGUUAUUACCUCAUGUAUAUAUUUUAACAGAGUGGUCCUUGGUUGUUGUCAGCCCGUCUACACCAUGACGGCAGAAGAAACCAUCAAUGUGAAGGAGGUGGAGAUUAUUAAGGUGAUCCUGGACUUCUUAAACUCCAGAAAGUUGCACAUCAGCAUGUUGGCACUGGAGAAGGAGAGCGGGGUCAUCAAUGGACUGUACUCUGAUGACAUGCUCUUUCUCAGGCAACUGGUGCUUGAUGGACAGUGGGAUGAGGUCUUGCAAUUUAUCCAGCCUUUGGAAUGCAUGGACAAAUUUGACAGAAAAAGGUUCCGCUACAUUGUUCUAAAGCAGAAGUUUCUGGAGGCUCUUUGUGUAAAUAAUGCUAUGUCUGCAGAGGAUGAACCACAAAAUCUUGAGUUCACCAUGCAGGAAGCUGUAAAAUGUCUUCAUGCCCUCGAGGAGUUCUGUCCCUCUAAAGAUGACUACAGUAAACUGUGUCUGCUGCUCACACUGCCUCGACUGACCAAUCACGCUGAGUUCAAGGACUGGAAUCCCAGCACGGCUAGAGUUCAGUGUUUUGAAGAGGCCUGCAUGAUGGUGGCAGAGUUCAUCCCUGCAGAUAGGAAGUUAAGUGAAGCUGGAUUCAAAGCCAGUGGAGACCGACUGUUCCAGCUGCUUUUGAAGGGAGUCCUUUACGAGUGUUGUGUGGAGUUUUGCCAGAGCAAGGCAACUGGGGAAGAGAUCACAGAGAGCGAGGUACUGCUGGGAGUGGACAUGCUGUGUGGAAAUGGCUGUGAUGACUUGGACCUGUCUCUUCUGUCCUGGAUGCAGAAUCUGUCUCACAAUGUGUUCACCUGCGCCUUUGAGCAGAAACAGCUCAACAUCCACGUGGACCGCUUAGUCAAGCCUGUGAAAACUGGCUAUGCUGACCUCCUUACCCCUCUUAUCAGCAAACUGUCUCCCUACCCCUCCUCUCCACUGCGGCGCCCCCAGUCUGCAGACACAUACAUGUCCCGCUCUCUGAAUCCUGCACUGGACGGUCUGUCAUAUGGGCUCUCGGGACAGGAGAAGAGGGCAGGAGGGGGGGAGACAGGAGUGGGGAAAGGUGUGUCUCCCAUGUCUCACUCAUUUGCCAACUUUCAUUAUCCUGGAGCAGGCGGGCAAAGCCUGAGCCGCAGUCUCAUGAUGGAGACCUCCGACUGUCACAGUAUAUUUGAGGAAUCCCCUGAAACGUCGAGGACAGAAACUCCCGUGGAUAAGAUGCUGAGCUCUGGCAGCACUCCGACCACACGCCCGGCCUCAGCUCCAGGAGAGGAGGCUCCGUCACCGGGCUCUGCAGACAGAAACGAGCUCCGUGACUCCACAGAGAAGUAUGAGGAGUUCUACAGACAGCGCCUUCGUGUUCAGCAGCACCUGGAGCAGAAGCAGCAGCAGAGACAGAUGUACCAGCAGAUGCUCCUCGAGGGAGGGGUGCAGCAGGACCCUCCACCCACUGACAUGCAGCACAGUCUGACUGAGAAGUUUCUAAACAGAUCCAUCCAAAAGCUGGAGGAGCUCAAUGUGGGGAUGGAGAAUUUAGGGGAGGACGUAAAGUCUUUGACCCAACAAUAUAAUAUGAAUGGAAACUCCCCUGGGCCUGAGAACAAUAACAACCCCCCAUCUGUGACCCCAGAGCCAGGCAGGGUCCAAGGAGGUGAAGUGAUCAGCAGUACUCCACAACGCACAGCAGGGGGCCGCACUGUCCCACCUCCCUCUGAAUCCCCUGUCAUUACACAAAGUGGACAAAAACACAAAGGACAAGGAGACUCUCUCAGCUCCAUGACCAGAAGUAAAGAGGGUGACAAAUCAAAAGCCCUUUUUGUACCAGUGCAUACUCUAGAAGAUUCUCAGGCUGUGCGUGCUGUCGCCUUUCAUCCAUCCGGGGCACUGUAUGCUGUUGGGUCCAACUCUAAAACUUUACGAGUGUGUGCUUACCCUGAAACAAUUGACAAAAGUGGGUCCAGCCCAGUGAAGGCCCCGACUGUGCGCUUCAAACGAAACAAGCACCACAAAGGCUCCAUCUACUGUGUAGCCUGGAGUCAUUGCGGGCAGCUCCUGGCCACCGGCUCAAACGACAAAUAUGUCAAAGUGCUGCCCUUCAGUGCAGAAACGUGCAAUGCCACAGGCCCAGACCUGGAGUUCAGCAUGCAUGACGGCACCAUCCGAGACUUGGCUUUUAUGGAGGGGCCUGAAAGUGGUGGGGCCAUCCUCAUAAGUGCAGGAGCUGGAGACUGUAACAUCUACACCACAGACUGUCAGAGAGGUCAGGGACUACACGCCCUAAGUGGGCACACAGGGCACAUUUUGUCACUGUACACAUGGGGAGGGUGGAUGAUUGCCUCUGGAUCUCAGGACAAAACCGUGCGAUUCUGGGAUCUUAGGGUGCCCAGCUGUGUCCGUGUCGUGGGAACUGCUUUUCAUGGAUCAGGGAGUCCUGUCGCAUCUGUUGCAGUUGAUCCAAGUGCUCGUCUCCUAGCAACAGGGCAGGAGGACAGCGCGUGCAUGUUGUACGACAUCAGAGGGGGGCGUAUUGUGCAGGUGUAUCGUCCACACAGCAGUGAUGUCCGCUCUGUGCGCUUCUCUCCUGGAGCGCACUACCUCCUCACUGGCUCUUAUGACACUAAAGUUAUGGUUGCUAACCUCCAAGGUGAUUUAACGAAGCCUCUGCCUCAGACUGUGGUGGGUGAACAUGGAGACAAAGUAAUUCAAUGUCGAUGGCACACUACAGACCUGUCGUUCCUCUCUUCCUCUGCGGACCGCACUGUCACACUCUGGACACACAGUCAGUAAUGCACACCAACAGAGGAACAUGGGACUGAGGGACAUCCGAGAUGGGACAUAGGAAGUAUAAAGAUGCUGAUCUACUCUCCUUUAACACACUGCUUUAGCCCAAGCCAGAAGUUGCGCAGGUAUGCAUAACAGGAAUAGUGAGGAACCCCUGGGAUUAAUUAAUAACAUACAUUGCAUGCUCUGCUUUAAAUUAAUUUAGAAAAGUUUAGUUUUACAUUUUACCUUAGUUUUACAUGUGGUCUGAUGCAUGGACCUUAACUGACAAAUCCUGAGGACAUAGCUUUUGUAAUGACUGGUGCCUUUAUUUCUGUCUAAAUUCAGAGUUGUUGUUUUUUUCAGUAAAUAUUGAUUCAAAGUGUAAUCUAUUUUAUGUGUAAUGCUGCCGUUUUGGAAACCCAUUGAAAUCCAGAGUUUUUAAGCAGUCCUAGCCAAAAGGCACUGUCUUUGGACACUUCACCAUCACCAGUACAAAAUAUGUUUUCAUUGCAGCUUUAAACAUAGAUAUUUGCCUGUACAGUCUAAAAUAUAAAUGGGUGUUGUGCUGAAGCUAUUAUAGUGUCUUAACAUUGACUUGCUUGCAGUGAAAGACAGUUCUUGUGUAAGCAUCAAAGGGAAAGCUUGUUUAUUCCUGCUACUGUACUGCAGUACCUUCAGAUGAACAGUAGAUGGCAUAGUGAAGCUGACUUGAAGCACA